CAACUUUCGCAAACACUUUCUCUCUUCCCAAACACAACUACUAUUUUUCUAUAUCUAGUAUAUCAAGUCAACAACUCUUCCACCUUCAUCCAUGGCUUCCUCAGCUCCUGCCACUGCUCUCAGGACCAUAUCUUCCUCCUCUCCCAAACUCCAUAACACCAGAUCACCAUUCUCUUCAUCGUUAUCACCUCCGAAAUCUUCCCUCUCUUUUACUAAGGUCUUAAGCCCAGCUCUGAUCUCAACUCCCAAGCUUCAGAUCACCUCUAAUCCCUCCUCCAAAACAUAUAUCACUUGCAGAAGCCAAGCUUCUCCAUCAGAAUCCGAAAAACCUAUCAAGGUUCAUGAACUUCGCGUUUAUGAGAUAAACGAGCGCGAUCGCAGCAGCCCUGCUUACCUCCGAUUGAGCCAGAAAGAAGUUAACUCUCUUGGAGAUCUAGUCCCUUUCAGUAACAAAUUGUACACUGGCUGUCUCCAAAAGAGGAUUGGCAUAACAGCCGGGAUAUGCAUUCUGAUCCAGAACAAAGCAGAGAAGAAAGGUGACCGGUACGAGGCCAUCUACAGCUUCUACUUCGGCGACUACGGCCACUUAUCGGUGCAAGGCUCGUACAUGACCUAUGAAGACACUUACCUGGCUGUGACCGGUGGGAGUGGCAUCUUCGAAGGGGCCUACGGCCAAGUAAAGCUGCAGCAGCUCAUCUUCCCCUUCAAGCUUUUCUACACUUUUUACUUGAAGGGAAUCAAGGAGGACUUGCCCGAGGAGCUUUUGGGUGUCCAUGUUGAGCCCAGCCCAUCUGUUGAGCCCAGUCCAGCUGCCAAGGCCUGUGAGGCCCACGCUGUGAUUCAAUCUUUUACUGACUAGACUAGUUAAGGAAUAUAAUUAUGUUUUUUCUAUUUUUUUUUUUGGGAAGAAUCUAGUUAUGUAUAAUGUAUGCGUCGGUGUCUCUCUUUGAUGCUCUGUUGGUUCAUUUUUGGGAAUGAACUCUCUAUCUUUCUGAAUCAAUAGAGUAUAAGAUAGAAUUAUCUUCGGGCUUUGUGGUGGUUCUUAUGAUAUUAUAUAUUGAUAUUUUCUUUUAA